GUAUUUGGGCAGGACGAGACCAGCACAGCCCCGGUCAGACCAACGCCAGCACUGCACGUGAUCAAUAGCAAUAACCUACUCUGUACUGAGACCACAGCUAUAUAUAUUCGCCCUCGACUUGCAUGUUUUACUCCUGAAGAAACAUUUGCUCAGACCAGCAAUAUUUCCCGAGGUCUGCAGCCACACAUAUUCUUUGAGGAGGCUGCACGCGCCCUUGACGACAGAGGAAAACGAGCAUUAGUAAACUAAUUAGAGAGCAACAUGUGACAGUCAGCAAAGGACUGAUUGCAAAGAUGUUUCUGAUGACAUUGAGAAGAGGGUGACCAUAGUAACCGCUACCUGCUGCAAAAGGGGAAAACAAACGAUCGCCUUUGCUCCGGUGCCAAGCUCAAAAGAUGACUGGAAUGCAAACAGUUUGUUCUGCAUGAGGAUCUGGAAAACUGCACGACAUUCGAUUUUAUUGGAGCCUGGCUAAUAUGUAUCGACGAAUGUACCCAUUCACGGCCUGUGUAAGAAGAAUCGCGAAGGGUUUAGCGAGCGAAGUGGUAGCAGGAGGUUAUGUCAGCGCUUGAAACGGCGCAUGGGGGUUUAGGAACGAUUUAACUUCAGAACACCUACCUCGUGUGCUCUUUUCCUAUGCAUAGCCUAAUAAGAAAUGCUCAAUUAAACCAGCUACAAUACAGACAGUCUUGCAAAUAUCGGAUAUCGUAAAUAGCCUAUUGACUUUGAAAUGUAAUUUAACAGCCUGCUGACGUUGGAUAAUUGUAUGCCUACAAUGCAUGUCCAUCUCUGCUGGGCACAAACCUUGAAUGUAAUGUAGGCCUAGUAGACAAACAUUGACCAAAAUGCUACCAGGUUCUAUUCAAAUAACGGGAGAGGCACUGUCGGGAGCUGAGAUCAAGGAUAUUUGUGAAAGCCUGAAAGAGAACAGUGUGAGGCUUUUGUCUAUCAGGGGAUGUCAGCUUUCAGACCGAGACUUCGGACGGGUGUGUCGCGGGGUGACGGAGUCUCACUCACUGGCGCAACUCAACCUGAACCUCGGUGUGGUCUCCACCAUCAACCGAACCAAGCAUCUUGCCGAUGCACUCAAGACUAACAGAUCGAUCCAGACCCUUUUUCUCCACGGAAGCCCCCUCCUGGAUGCAGGAUUGGUCACACUUAACACUGCUCUUUCCACUCACCCUUUACUGGUCUCUCUGGACCUGGGGGACUGUAUGCUGGGGGACGAGGCACUGCGGCUAAUCUGUGGCAUGCUGCCUCCGGACGGGGCCAAAUCAGGUCUUAGGGAGCUGACUCUGAGUGCAAACCCCAGCAUCACCACAAAGGGCUGGGCCCGCUUGGCCAUCGCUGUGGCCCACAGCUCCCAGCUCCGAGUCCUCAAUCUGGACUACAACCCCCUGGGGGACCAGAUUGCUGGUAUGCUAGCCGUGGCUGUGGCGUCCAGCAGAACUCUGGAGGUGUUAGAUCUGGAGGGAACAGGCCUCACAAACCAGUCAGCACAGGUAUUCCUGGACGUGGUGGAGAACUACCCCACCUGUCUGCGCAUGCUGGUCCUGGCUGAGAACGCCAUCAACCCCGAGCUGCAGCAGCAGAUCUCAGACCUGCUCUCCGAGGGAGAGGAGGACGACGACAAAGAGAGCGAGGCCCAAUGCAGCGCUAGCAUCCCCACCAGGGAGAAAACCACCUGGGUCCCCCACAGUAGCUGAAGCACCCUACAGAUGUGGCGACCAGGCUAGCUGUGGAGUUGUAGAAGUCCUAAACCCGUUUCCGUUGUCUCUGCCCCUUGCAGACUCCCACCCCCAGAGGGUCCUGCUGACGUCAGGUCUAGGCGAGAGCCUACUAGCAGAGACUGAGAUGUGAUUCCACAGCCUUCCUACCUUUUUUUUUUUUAAUACCUCUUUUCCUUUUGCUAGUCUGCACAUAUUUGUGUUAAAGAUCACCUAGUAGCCUGCAACCAAUUACACUUUUUGCAUGACCUGUAGCACUUUUACAUAACACAAUACAUUUUGGAGCAGGCACAAAAUCCUUAAAACCCACACCAAGUGACUUAUAGGCAAUAGUGAAUUAUUUAUUUUAAACAUGCACAGUCUAUUUAUAGUUCCGAUUUUGAAGGUUAUGUAACCAAUACAAGUCUGUAUGCUCUGAUAUGAUAGAUCGACUAUAUAUGAUUGUUGUGAUGGUCUGAUGUCAGAAUAAAUCUGUUUACAUCUU